AUGGGCCUCCCCGAGUCGGAAUCUCCGAGGGGUGGAAGAGGGAACCCCUACCCUCGCAGAGUGGAGAUCAAGAACAAGAUCAUCACGGAAUUCGCCGGAUCAUUCAAAUCGUUGGUCUGCUCGCCUGGUCAGAGCGGGGCCAAGAGCCCCGGCGACGGUCCCAGCCCGGGGAGCGCAUCCGAAUCAUCGUCCCGGCGAGGAAACUCGCCGAGAUAA